CAUCAUUUCCUUCUCCUCAGGACUGUUGAUCAGUCACUCUGUGGCUGGGAUGUCUCCUGACAGUUGUCUUCCUCACAGCACUGGGGGCUGACCAAGUCAUACCUUUGAGCACAGGCUGCUGGCAUGGGGGCUCUUGCUUGGCUGGUCCUUCUCUUGUUGCUCCUGGAAGCCAAAGGGGACUCUGGAGAUGGUACAGAUCCUGAGGAAGUAGUGGCUGUUCUUCAGGAGUCCAUCAGCCUUUCCCUGGAAACACCACCAGAUGAAGAGUUUGAGAACGUUAUCUGGUCCUCCCACAUACGGCUGGCAACUGUGGUGCCAGGGAAAAAGGGAAACCCAGCUGCCAUUACGGUGAUCAAUCCUCGCUACCAGGGCCGAGUGAGCUUCCUGGGCCCCAGCUACUCUCUGCAGAUCAGCAAUCUGAGCUGGGAGGAUGCAGGACCUUACCAUGCCCAGAUCAACCUGAGGACGUCCCAGAGCUCUACCAUGCAGCGUUACAAUCUACGAGUCUACCAACGGCUGUUGGAGCCCCGAGUCACUGUGAACUUUAAGAUCUCUGGGAAAGAUGCCUGUAAUAUAUCCCUGACAUGCUCCAUGGAGAAGGCAGGCAUGGAUGUAACCUACAGCUGGAUAUCCUCGGGGGACAGCAUUGAUAUAGCCCAUGAAGGCCCUGUUCUCAGCACAUCCUGGAGGCCUGGGGAGGAUCCUCUCUCCUACACUUGCAUGGCCAGCAACCCCGUCAGCAACGUCAGCUCCCAUCGAAUUCAUGCUGGGCUUUUCUGUGCAGAUCCUGGCUUUCCUUCUGAGAAGGCUUCAUCUACCUUCUGCCUCCUGGCCAAGGGAUUGCUCCUUCUCUUGCUCUUGGCUGUCCCACACAAGGAGCUGUGAAGGACCCUAGGCAGUCCUUCUCUGCCUUUGAGUUGAGCCUGGUGACGUCUCAAUCAUCUCCCUGACACCAGAUGUUCUGGGUCUCUGGUGCCCACCCCAAAGACAUGACAACUCUGCUGGAUCAGAAGCCAAGAUCUUGGACCCUUGACCCUCCACAACCUCUGGUUGGUAUCACUGUCCUGUCUGUCCCUUCUUUGUAGAUUUCCAUGUCUCAGAACUUCUCUCUGGAAUCUUGUCCUGGGUUAAUGUCUCCCUCACCUAUUCCCACCAAAGGCCCUUAAGUUUAUGUUCUUGCACUUUCCCUAGCCUGAUGAUCCACCUGAAUUUCUCACCCAAGCCUGAUUUGUCAUUUCCCAAGUCUCGAUCAUUCCCUCAAAUCAGAUCUGUGGACAUUACUUAAUGCAGUUCUUCAGGCAGCCUUGGUCUUCUCAGCUGCCACUCUAGGGGCAGGAAGGGAAGGAGGUAUUGAGGAGGGAAUUGGAAGCCAUCCCUGUGAAAGGUAGCAAGUAAAUUGACGAGGUGGUGUGGGAUACAGCGGGGAGAGCAUGGGGUGAGGUCUCAGGAGAUCUGGGUUCUGCUCACCCGUUGUCUUCCAGCCCAGGACAUGUUGUUCAGCAACUAUCCAUUGAGCCACAGUCCCUUUCUACAAGGAACACACACUCUCAAUGGAGAGGCUGACGUAGGUGCAGCUGAUUGGUUAUGGAUUGAAUUAUGUCCCCCCAAAAAUAUGUAUGGGAAUCCUAACCCUUAUACCUGUGGAUGUAAUCUCAUUUGGGAAUAGGGUUUUCUUUGUUAUGUUAAUGAGGCCAUAUCAGUAUAGGGUAUAUUACUUUUGAGAUAUAAAAAGAGCAGAUUAGGCACAAAGAGGCAAGCAUGAACUGUGGAAGGCAGAAGCACAUUUGAGCAUGACCAAGAACUGAGGAACGCUAGCUAUAGAAGUGGAGACAAGGAUCUUCCUCCAGAGACAACAGAGGAUAGCCUGUGCCCUAAAUUCAGACUUCCAGCCUCCUGAACUGUGAGAAAAUUAAUUUCUGUUCUUUAAGGCCACCCACUUGUGGUAUUUCUGUUACAGCAGUGCUAGGAAACUAAGACAGUGUUCUUACAGGGAGAUGGCUAAAGCAAGUGACUUGGCUCCCACACAGAAGGGUCAGCGGGUAACCUCAGAAACUUCAGGAGAGGAGUCUGACAGAUAAGGAGAGGUCAAGCAGCAAGAGGCACGCCCUGAUAUUUCUCUAGAUCUCUCAUGCCUUCCUGUCAGUGAGGGGAAGGUGCUGAUCUCCAAAGUGUCUUCCAAGAAAAGGGAUAUUAAUUCUGUGAAGGGGGCAGGGGACAUAUUGGAGGAUCUUGAGACCAAGGAUCCCUUGCUCUAAGGGAAGCAGGAGCAUGUAGGCCGGGCACUAGGGCAACGCAGGAGAAGGACUCUGACUGCGGGUAGCAUGAGGCUUGAAGGAAGCCAAGAGUCAGUCUCCAGGACUAGAAAGGAAGCAGGCACAGGGGACAAGCAAGGGCUCCCUGACUUAGAUUUUGUUCAGGAGAAGGAGUCCCCUGGGGCUUGGGAAGGAGAGGGUGAGGUUGAGAAAACAGUCUCAAAAGAGAUUCUAAGAAUGGCAGCUUGAUCCACUCUGUUGCCUGGAUGUCCCAGCCCUUGCCCCUCUGAGAGGCAGUCCCUGGCCCGAGGCUGGUUCUCUGAACUUCCCUUAGGCCCUGAGCACGCAUCAGAGAAAUAGUCCCACCUCUAAAAAGGCCUGCAGUCUGGGACCAAGCCUGCAGCCCCACUUCCUCUGAUUUCUUUCCUAUGAGGCCCCAUCUUUCACAGUGCCAGAGACUAGCUGGAAAAGGCUAACUGGAGUCCACCCUGUGCACACAGGGGCAGCUAGUUGGUUCCUCACCUAUUUCAGGAUGUGGCACACAGAAGGUGAAUAAAGGAAUGACUGGACCCUGGGCAGCUGACCCAGGGCUCUUCCUGGAAGUUGACAAAGUCGUUUCUUCUGAUACCCUGUCUCUGAGCAGAGAAAAGCAGAGGCCCCAAAACAACUCAGAGUACCUGGAAGAGGAAGGCUGACGUCCUAGAGAAGGCUGAAUAUAAGUUCAGAGGUGGGAAGCCAGGAUAAUAAUCAUAUGACAGCACUUGACAAUUUGCAAAAUUUGUUCCUCAGUCUUUGAAGUAGGUGAAAGCAAACUAGGGGAGGGGCUGCUAAUCCUUAAGCACCUACUAAGGGUUAGGAGGAGCCCUGUUGGCACAGUGGCUAAGAGCUCAGCUGCUAACCAAAAUGUCAGCAGUUCAAAUCCACCAGCUGCUCCUUAGAAACCCUACAGGGCAGUUCGACUCAGUUCUAUAGGUUUGCUAUGAGUCAGAAUUGACUUGAGGGCAAUGGGUUUGUUUGUUUUUUCUUAAGGGGCAGGCAUUGGUUAGCAGUGGGGAGGCAGAAAAGACACUGUCUGCCCUCAAGGAACUUUGUGGAGUGUGUAAAGAUAUAAUUACAAGGCGGGGCCAAGAUGGCAGAAUAGCUAGAUGCUUCCUUUCGUCCCUCGUACAACAAAGACCCCCCAAAAAUAAGUGAACCAAUUAUAUAUGACAAACUAGGAGCCCUGAUCAUCAAAGACAAAGCUGAAGAGUUGGACUGAGCGACAGAAGUAAGGAGAGACAACUGAAAAGCGGUGAAGUAAUGCCAGUCGCCAGGAUGCCGACUGAGGUGAGCAGUAACAUUUGGGAGUGUCUCAUCACAUUGGGAGAGGCCAGGCGACGGCAAGUCUGCACAAGCCUCCAGAGCCGGGUAGAAGCGGUGCGCCGGUGCGCCAGACUUGCAAAAGUUAAGUGCAAUCUACUGGGCGGGGACAAAAUAGCCCCUCCUCCUACAGGAAUUUCACAGCAGAGAAGUGCUUCCUUCCCCUCACCCGCCCCCUAUCCCCCACCCAACAACUGCCACGCCUCCUAAGCUAGAACUCUGGGCUCUCCAAACCCACACCAGUCUCGUGGCUUUAAAAAACAACAAGUUCCCUACGCCAGGACUCAGGGCAGGUCGGGAUGUGCUGCCCUUUCCUCCAGCCACUGGCAUAAGGGGUCCACGGACUUGCAGCGCCCUUCACCCCUGCCUAGACCUGUGUGGACUGAUUCAACACCACAUGCCCCCAUUAGCGUAAAACAUCAGGGCAUAUACUUGAAACCUAUUUUCAACUGCAGCACCCAAGGGGGAGCUGCAGAAUCAUGACAUUUGACACCACCCUGCCCAUUAAGCAGGGACCUCGCCAACACACAUCAGAGACCUGAGGGCUGGUGGUACCAUCCACUCAUCUAGUCCCCCAUGACAGGGGUCUGAGAAUAAGUGGUGCCUCCCAGUCCCUCCAGUCAACAGCACUGGCUGGCUGCCCAAUGACCAGCUGCAAUAUCCCACCCAAUACAUGCUCUGGUUGAUCUGUAUGCUGAGCAAAUAAUCCAAGAAGCUGGACUAUAUGAAGAAGAACAGGGCAUCAGGAUUGGAGGAAGACUCAUUAACAACCUAUAGCCAUGCAGAUGACACCACCUUGUUUGCUGAAAGUGAAGAGGACUUGAAGGACUUACUGAUGAAGAUCAAAGACCACAGCCUUCAGUAUGGAUUACACCUCAAUGUAAAGAAAACAAAAAUCCUCACAACUGGACCAGUAAGCCACACUAUGAUAAAUGGAGAAAAGAUUGAAGUUGUCAAGAUUUCAUUUUACUUAGAUCCACAAUCAACACCCAUGGAAGCAGCAGUCAAGAAAUCAAGACGCAUUGCAUUGGGCAAAUCUGCUGCAAAGUACCUCUUUAAAGUGGUGAAAAGAAAAGAUGACAUCUUGAAGACUAAGGUGUGCCUAACCCAAGCCAUGGUAUUUUCAAUCACAUCAUAUGCAUGAGAAAGCUGGACAGUGAAGAAGGAAGACUGAAGAAGAAUUGAUGCCAUUGAAUCGUGUUGGUGAAGAAUACAGAAUAUACCAUGGACUGCCAAAAGAAUAAACAGAUCUGUCUUGGAAGAAGUACAACCAGAAUGCUCCUUAGGAGCAAGGAUGGUGAGACUGUGUCUUACAGACUUUGGACAUGUUGUCAGGAUGGAUCAGUCCCUGGAGAAGGACAUCAUGCUUGGUAAAGUACAGGGCCAGCAGAAAAGAGGAAGACCCUCAAUGAGAUGGAUUGACACAGUGGCUGCAACAAUGGGCUCAAGCAUAACGAUUGUAAGGAUGGUGCAGGACCGGGCAGUCUUUUGUUCUGUGGUACGUUGGGUCUCUAUGAGUUGAAACCAACUCGACGGCACCUAACAACAACAAUGACAACACAUGCUAUAGGGGACAGGGACAUGCCUUCCACCCAGGCACCCAGGGGCAGCUGUCAGACCCCUUCUUUGCUCUGCACAUAGCCCUCUACCGCAGCCAGCUCCGAACAUCCCUACACAGCCCUGCUUGUCUAGGACUGUAGGUGAGAGUCUGCACCACACACUCUGUGACCGACGACCUGGACAGCUAUGCCACACCUGCACAAGUGAACAGAUUCCUGGGCCCACACAACUAGUAGCUGCUCUAACCACCUGGAGACAGGAUGUGAGAGCUUCAAAGACACCAAUAACCAAAGUAGCUCACAUGCCCAGUCUACUUGGGCACACCAAAACAAAACAAAAAGCUAGGACACAGUAAACAAACACACAAUAAAUAAAUAUAAUUACUUAUUGAUGGCUUGGAGUAAACAGUCAAUAUCAAUUCAUAUAAAGAAGCAGGUUAAGGUGGCUCCAGUAAGCAACCAAAACCAAGAACCAGGAAACCUUCUGGAGAAAAAUAAGGUCAUCGAAUUACCUGAGUUAGAAUUCAAAAGACUAAUAUACAGAGCUCUCCAAGAGAUCAGGAAGGAGGUCAGGCAAAACUCAGACCAAGGCAAGGAACACACAGACAAAGCAACGGAGGAAUUCAGGAAAACGAUACCUGAACAAAACCACAAAUUUAAUAGGGUGCUAGGAACCAUAGAGAGACAGCAACUAGCAAUCCAAAAGAUUAACAAUAAAAUUUCAGAAUUAGACAACUCAGUACAAGGUCAUGGGAACAGAAUUGAGGCAAUGGAAGUCAGAAUUAGUGAGAUUGAAGAUUGUCAUGGAUUGAAUUACAUCCCCCCAAUAAUGUGUGCAUCAACUUGGUUAGACCAUGAUUCCCAGUAUUCUGUGGUUGUUUUCCAUUUUGUGAUUGUAAUUUUAUGUUAGAGAGGAUUAGGGUGGGAUUGUAACACCCUUACCAGGUCACAUCCCUGAUGCAAUGAAAAGGGAGUUUCCCUGGUCUGUGGCCUCUUAAGAGAUAAAAGGAAAGGGAAGAAAGCAGAGAGUUGGGGACCUCAUACCACCAAGAAAGAAGUGCCAGGAGCAGAGCAUGUCCUUUAGACCUGAAGUUCCUGCACUGAGAUGCUCCCAAACUGAGGGAAGAUGGAUGACAAGGACCUUUCUCCAGAGCUGACAGAGAAAGAAAGCUUUCCUCUGGCGUUGAUGCCCUGAAUUUGGACUUGUAACCUACUGGACUAUGAAAUAAUAAAUUUAUCUUUGUUAAAGCCAUCCACUUGUGGUGUUUCUGUUAUAGCAGCACUAGAUGACUAAGACAAAGAUAAAUCCCUUAACACUAAUUUAUUUGAGGAAAAAUCAGAAAACAUAAUUUAAAAAAAUGAAGAAAACCUAAGAAUUAUGUGGGACGCUAUCAAGAGGAAGAACCUAAGAGGGAUUGGAGUACCAGAAUGGGGGUGGGAGGGGGGAGAGACAGAAAACACAGAGAGAAUUGUUGAAGAUCUGCUGGCAGUAAACUGCCCUGAUAUCAUGAAAGAUGAGAAGAUAUCUACCCAAGAAGCUCAAUGAACCCCACACCGGGUAGAUCGCAAAAGAAACUCAGGAAGACAUACCAUAAUCAAACUGGCCAAAACCAAAGCCAAAGAUAGAAUCUUGAGAGCAGCUAGGGAUAAAUGAAAAAAAGUCACCUAAAAAGGAGAACCAAUAAGAUUAAACUCUGACUACUCAGCAGAAAUCACGCAGGCAAGAAGGCAAUGGGAUGGCACAUAUAAAGCCUUGAAAGAAAAAAAUUGCCAGCCAAGAAUUAUAUAUCCAGCAAAACAGUCUCUCAAAUAUGACGACAAAAUUAGGUCAUUUUCAGAUAAACAGAAGUUAAGGGAAUUUGUAAAAACCAAACCAAAAUUACAAGAAAUAUUAAAGAGAUUCCUCCAGUUAGAAAAAAACAAUAUCAGACACAACCCAAGACUAGAAUACAGGACAGAUUAACCAGUUAUCAACCCAAAUAGGGAAGUCACAAAAACAAGUCAAAACUGAAGACUGGAAAUAGGGAACUAGAGCCGUCAAUAUAUAAACGAUGACAACAUCAUGACAAAAAAGAGGGAAUAAACAGUGUAGUCAUACAAUUUCUAUAUGGACAGGAAGUAAGAAAAUAUCAAGAAAUAAAAGAUUGGGUUAAAUUUAGAAAAAUAAAGGUAAAUUUUAAAGUAAUCACAAAGGAAGCUAACAAAACUACCCAUCAAAAUAAUAAAAAAAAAAAAGACGACUCAGUGAACACAAAAUCAACAAUAAUGACAAAGACGAAAAGAAAAUACAUAAAGAAAAAUGACUCAGCACAGAAAAUUAAGUGGAACAAAGAAACUGUCAACACCACACAAAAAAAUACAUCAAAAUGACAGCACUAAACUCAUAAAAAACUCAUACCUAUCAAUAAUUACACUGAAUGUAAAUGGACUAAAUACACCAAUAAAGAGACAGAAGGUGGCAGAAUGGAUAAAAAAACACGAUCUGUCUGUAUGCUGCCUACAAAAGACACAGCUUAAACUCAAAGACACAAACUAAAACUCAAAGGAUGGAAAAAAAUAUAUCAAGCAAAAAAAAAAAAAAACCCAAAAAAGAA